GUGGAGGAGUUCCCUACUAAAACUAAGGAAGAUCAAGAAGAGGAAAAGACCGUAGAAGAUAGGAUAAGGGAAAUGGAGUUAGAUGAAGAAUUAGAGGAAGAACAAAUAGAGCAGGCAAAAGGGGCAUUGAUAAGAGAGCAAGAUGAUUAUUUGUAUUCAAACAAAACAGCUCCAGACGCAUAA